GUUAAAAACAUACAUAUCGCGUGCAGCAGAGAAUCUCUCGCAGGAAAUAGUUUUGCUCAUCGUGUUUUGAUAAAAUGUGGCAUCUGACUGAAUGAUCAGGAACUGAGAAAAGAAAGAUACUUAAGUUUUAAGCCUUUCGUUUUUUAACACUGAGUCAGGUGCUAAGAUAUUUGAUCAUCGUGUAUAUGAAAUGAUUCCUGAAGUACCAUGCUAAUGAAUUUGAUAAUGUUUGCCCUACCAUGUGUAGCAUACACCUACGAGAACAUUGCUUUACAUAAGAUUGCUUGGCAGUUACACCCAUACAACCCUCACAUUGGGAACGCAUCCAACGCUGUUGAUGGAUUCAAAACAAACUUUUCGGCUUUUGGGGGCCAGUGUACACUAUCUGCAGAUGGUCAGUAUGAAGCUGUGUGGCGUGUUGACCUUGGAGCCGUUCUAGGGAUCCAUCACAUCACUAUAUAUUACAGGACCGGCAAUUAUCCAUGGGGUCCUGAUAAUGGGUUUACCACCAGAUUCUUAGGAUUUUCUGUGUACAUAUCAAAUACAACUGACAAAGAGAACGGGGUUCUCUGUUUUAAGGACGACACGUUUACUAGGUACACCAUCCCAGCUGUGAUAACAUUGAACUGUACUAACCACGGUAGAUACGUCAUCUACUACAACAACAGGACAUCAAGCAGCAUUCCACCUGACUACUCAAUAUAUGCUCACAACGAACUGUGUGAGUUCGAAGUAUAUGGUUGUCCAACUCCUAAUUGCUAUGGCGAAGAUUGUUCUCAAUCGUGCCAAGAUCAGUGUAUGGACAGCCGGUGUCACAUAGAGACUGGUGAUUGCUUUGGAUGCAAAGUUGGAUAUCAGGGUCCUACCUGUGAUCAACCUUGUCAGAAAAACACGUAUGGUUACGGAUGUUCAAUGAUCUAUGGGCUUUGUGUGAAUGGAGAACAGUGUUACCAUGUCAACGGAACUUGUCAUAAUGGUUGUGAGGCUGGCAUUUACGGGAGUCAUUGUCAAAUGGAAUGCCCUCAAGGGUUAUACGGAAGAAACUGUUCGAACAAAUGCAGUGAAAAAUGCUUCAUAUACAAGGAUUGUAACAUAAAGACCGGUGUCUGCUUCGGGGGAUGCGCUGUAGGGUGGAAACCACCAAUGUGUAAUGAAGAAUGUGAUGACGGAACAUUUGGAACAAAUUGCAGCAAUUACUGUGGUCAUUGUCAUCAAGGACAGUCAUGUGACGUGGAGACGGGAGCGUGCCCAAAUGGAUGUGACUCAGGAUACAAAGGGAUCCACUGCAACGAGUCAUGUGCCCAUUCAUUCUACGGACCAAAUUGCAGAUUGAGGUGCAGCAACACCUGCAUCAACCGGACAUGUGAUGCUGAGAAAGGCAGCUGUGAUAUGGUUCAAAACGAAAUUGGCCACAAAAAUAGCAGGGCAUCUGAUAUUAUUGGUGAAUCCAGGGAAAUCCUGUUUGCAGUGUUAACUGCUCUUGUUGUAGUAUUUGUUUAGAAGGAUUGAGUUGAACUAAUCGAUAAAAAAAAUUCUCGACUUUCUACACAACAGGUAAACAAUUGUAUACAUCGAAAUUCAAGACUGGAGGACAGCGAGAAUGAUUACAAUGAUGGAAAGAUACAGAAUCGAACAUCAAACUCCUCCUUUUGUUCCUAAUUUUAAAAGCCUGUGUAAAAAUAAGCAAAACAAUAUCAUGCGUAUUACGAAUGAUAUAUUCUUAGAGUCGGGGCUCAAUGUUGUUUGUACAUUAUUUAAGGAAUAAGGACUCAUUCUGUAUUAUGAGUGGUAAUUUCGGUCGGGUCGUGGUCAAAUCCGAUAAAGUCCGAUAACGCCCGAAGGGCUUUAUGAUAGAUUUGACCACGCCCCGACCGAAAUUAUCACCUCAUAAUAUUCGAAGAAUGAUUCCUGAUUACUUAUAUUAUUUGCAAUUUGUACAUUUGAAAGCAAUAUUGUAUCAAAACCAUUAAUUUAUGAAGCACAUGGUAUGUAUUCGUACGCGGCGCAGCCAAUACCGUUUUUCGAUUAUGCUAUAAGACACGACCAUUUUGUGUCACUCAUGUUUUAUGAAGUUAUUGGGUUUUAGUGUUCAAAAUUGAUUCGUGAUGUUAUCGAAGACAAGGACAGUUGAAAAUGUAAAUAUAGUUAUAUAUUUU